UUGUGUGUAUUACUUUUUGAAGAGCAGUUGAUGUUUCGGGAGUACGUGCCGUGGAUUUAAGCGUUUUUGUGACGGUCAUGCAUCGUGAAUUUUGAGGUUUCCAACACCGGACCUCAGUGGGAAGGACAUUUUGAAUCCGCCGUUGCAGGAUGAAUCCCGUGGCUUUAGAGGAAACCCCAGUGGUUUCUCAAAACUCUGGGUCUACGUUCUUUCGCGGCAUUGGCCAGAAGUAUCAAGUUUUGCUCGACGCGACUGUCCCGUUCACACUCGGGCGAUGGUCUUCAGCGGUGAUAUUAAACUUGCUGUUCCUGUUGAGAAUAGUCAUCGGACAAGGAUGGUACGUGGUUACCUACGGGCUCGGAAUUUAUCACCUGAACCUUCUCAUUCUGUUUCUCUCGCCGAAGAUCGACCCCGCAUUAGCCGAGUUUGACGAUGACGAAAUUAUGUUGCCGACAAGAAGUGAUGAAGAGUUCAGGCCGUUUAUUCGUCGUUUGCCGGAGUUCAAGUUCUGGCAUUCGGUCAUGAAAGCCACGACCGUGGCCUUCGUCCUUUCCGCGUUCGAGUUCACAAACAUCCCUGUGUUCUGGCCCAUCCUCGUCAUGUACUUCAUCAUGCUUUUCGUCGUGACCAUGAAGCGACAAAUCAAGCACAUGAUCAAGUAUAAGUACUUGCCUUUCACGUGGGGUAAACCGAAGUACCGAGCACCGGAGACGAGUUGAAAGACGCCCGUUUUUGACUCCUUAGGAAGUCGUCCGUUUGUUGAAAUUGUGCACGAUCGAUUGUCUAAUGAAUGUCGAUAUAUUUUCUCCAGUUUUACGCCCGGAGCAUGAAAUUAUAGCGUAACUUGUUGUCACCGGUUGUCAUCAAGUACUGUUUUUCCAUUUGUUCUCAUGGAUGCUCUUCUCCGAACAACAGUGUCAUUUCUACGCGAGUUUUCUGUCAAUUUUGCACCCUACGAUGCAAAAUAGUCGACGAAUUUUUUUCUUGAACGUUCAAAUGAUGAGUAUACAGUAUUGCACGUUCAUUGACCGGUUGAGAAUAAUUUUUAAGUGAAGUGCAAAUGUGCUGAAGCAAAUUAGCACCUUUGUCACUGGUGAUAUUGCUCGUAAGGUGAAUCGGACAAAAAUACGAAUAUAUCGAUUGCUGCGCGUUUUUGUGUUAAGAUAGGCAUCGUCAUUUCACGCUGUAAAUGAGUUUCCGUUGUAUUUUCGAUCAGAGUUUCUUCGUUUUCCUAGUGAAGUCUAGUUCAAUCAUGGCGGUUUCUUAGCAAAAAUGUUUUGUUUUCUUUGAGGCGUGAAUGUAUAGGAUUCGUUUGCUUCGAGAAUUCUGACGUGAUCAAGAUGGCUUCGCAACUGAUGAAAAUUUGAAUCUGGAAAA